AUAACCCACCAGCAUAAUAUCCACAUGAUCCGUGUUAGUCUCUCGGGCAACCAGAUGCUGUGUCUUAAUCCAGCAUAAACUAUCUGGGAAGUUCAUAUCUCAAUUCCAUCUUCAAGCCAUCUCAUCAUCACAAUGUCAAUAUCUGUGUUGCCACCAUCUUUAGCACACCUCCUACGGUCCUCGUCUUCGCUUCCAGACCCUCUCUCAAUGGUCAAGGAGCUUGUUGAUAAUAGUAUUGACGCGGGUGCUACAUCUAUCGAAAUCACGGUUGCUCCCAACACCGUCGACAAAGUCCAAGUCCGAGACAAUGGUUGUGGGAUACAGGUGGACGACUACAAGUCAUUGGGGCGUCGGUCUCAUACGAGUAAGCUCCGAAACUUCGACGAACUUCAUUUGAAAGGCGGCAAGACACUUGGUUUUCGUGGCGAGGCUCUUGCUAGUGCCAAUUAUCUGGCUACAAUCAAAAUCACAACUCGAACAGCUCAGGAUCCCAUUGCAUCACUACUUCUCUUAAACACAAAAUCAGGCGGAAUUAGCAGACAACAGCCUGUUUCCGCUCCUGUCGGAACAACUGUCCAAGCUUUGAAUUUGUUUCAGAACCUUCCUGUUCGGAAACAAAAUGCUAUCAAAGUGAGCCGAAAGACCCUGGCAGAUAUCAGACGACUCCUGGAGCGUUAUGCGAUCGCACUUCCACACAUCAGACUCUCAUUCAAAGUGCCUGGUAGCUCAAUCCAGCCGUGGGUUUACACACCAUGCUCAGCACCAAGCACGCGAGAGGCAAUCACACAAGUGUUUGGUCACGCUCUUACUACUCAGCUCGUGGCAGUGUCAUCGGACUCUCGCGCUGGAGCAACUUCAACCGAAGUACAGUCGAAAAAUUUGAAAAUUGUAGCCUCCUUACCCAAGCCUGACUCUGAUGCCAAUAUCAUCAAGGGGAAGGGAGCUUUCAUCUCGGUCGACUCACGACCCAUUUCAUCGUCCAAAAGCACGGGAAAGAAGCUAGUUUCUAUUUUCAGAUCGAGUAUUUCCGCAGUCCUAAACUCACCCGAGAACUCGCGAGCACCCUCCAAUGCAUUUAUGCAACUUAGCAUUCAGUGUUCACCUGGAUCAUACGACCCCAAUGUGACGCCUUCGAAAGAUGAACUUCUUUUCGUGGAUGAACCAGCCGUCCUAAGUUGCUUCCAGAAUCUCUGUGAUUCCGUUUACACCCAAAAACUUUUGGGUGACAAAGAACUUCAACACAAGUUGGUGGCGCUGGAGAAUAGCCUAUCACUUCUGCCAUGGGCUUCGAAGACGGUUGAGCCAAGACGAAGAGAUGGAGCACGUCUUGAUAGUAUGGAAAAGGAACUCUUGUUGACCGACCAAGAACUUGUCGGUUCUCUUAACGAUAAGCCUGAGAGAGUUCUUGGUGGUACUGGCGUAUUUGGAAGUGGCGAAAGGGCUUCUCCCGCUGCUUUCACUGUUCCCACUUCGCCCAAGAAAAGCUCACGAUCUGGAAACCUGGACGAGACGAGGGGUCCUAAGAAAGCCCAACCAGUUCAGGAGAUGAUGAGGACACGAUUAACUGUCAAUCUUUCACGGAGGGAAACCGCUUCGACCGACCUGGACGGCAAAGAAGGACUAAUUCCUGUGCAUGUUACACCUCGACGAGCUGCCACUCCUCCUGUCCGAGAUGAAUUGCAAUCAAACUCUCGACGUCGAGGAUUGACUCUAAACCGUCGUUUUGGCAACAUCGAUGACUAUUUUCGCUCAUCAAGGGAUGAGCCGAUCCAAAUCGCAACAGAUGAGACUGCCACGCCCGAAAUACCUCAUACAAGGAGCUAUCUGACGAGUGUCUCUCAUAAUCGACGCCUUCCACUGAAGGAACUGUCAGAAUCACUCCUCAACCUGUUCCGUGAAUAUGAGGAAGAAGACUACGAAGACGAAAGUGAUGACGAGUCCUCAUUCAACCUUCCAUUUGCUGGGCCCAAUGCCGUUCCAUCUCCCCGCACAUCUCCACGUCGUGAGGCUCCUUCUUUCUCAAGCCAGCCUUUCAGGCCUCUCUUAGGGCAGCAGUCAAUCCGCAAUUCAAUGCCAGACUUGCAAUUAACACUGCCGGCAAAUUUACAAACGCCGCCAUCAUCAGACCCUACUGUUGCCCAUAACUCAACUCGUCGUGAUUCUCGUCGACAAUCCACCAACAAUAUCUUGGCCAGAGCCCAGAGGUCUUCUCGGGGUAGUGUGGUACCGUCAGUCAACAGACGAAGCGGUGACGAGUUGAGACAAAGCCGCUUGCUCCUUGGAAGUGGUCCCACUGCAUCCCAAGGCAGACGUCGGUCGGACCAAGUUUGCCCUGGAGAAUCCUCCUCUCAGGCCUAUGCGCAAUCUUGGUUGUCCGAUCAAGUACCACACAAUCAUCUAAGCUCUUGCGGAGGCAUGAGGGAUUCUGAACGAAGUCAAACCCAAGGUAACAAGCAGUGGUCGCACUCUCUACAGGUGUUACUUCAGAGAACACCACCACCACCACCACCACCACCACCACAAGCCACAGGGUCGGACGAAGAAGCUACUGGUGAAUACAGCCCAGCACCGCUAGAUCAUAUCCAUGACCAGCACAAUGAGGGAUUCUACUCAAGAUCAUUCAAGCGACAGCGACGCUGUUCAAGCGUUUCAACUUCAGAAAGCGCAGAAUUGGAUUCCAGACGCCUUCUCAUGAAGCGACAGCGUAUUCAUGCAAACGGAGGGAGAUUGAAACGCAUUGCGUCGACAAAACUUCCACUUGAAAUAAUAUCGCAAAACGAUUCCACAGUGAACCUUUCGGUCAAGGUCGAGGUUCAAAUGUGCGAGCUACAAGCUGCUGCUCUUGAGUUCACGAACUCUGGUCGAGCUACGAAGCCAGACCUGGCCCUGCAGUUCAAGAACAUGGACGAGGUUGAAGUGGUUGACAGGCGAUUGAGGCGAGUUACGGAGUCGUGGCUGAAAGGAAACCCAUCUGUCACGGGAAAUUGGGGAAAGGGAGGAGCGCUUGCUUGCGGAGAUUGCUUAGACGUUGGGCUGCUGGGCUGCUGGGCUGCUGGGCUAGAUGGUCAGCCUGCAGAAGUUGAUCCUGAAACGCCACAGGAAGAUGUCGGGUAUAUCGAUGGAUGGGGGGCCUUUGAAGCGAAGUGGAGGUUGAUGGGGACCUCAAAACCAGAUUCCAGGCAACAAAGAGGGAAGGAAUCGGCAGCAAUUGAGGGACAAGGGUUGGCCAGAGCAAAGGUCAAGAUGGGAACGGGAAUACCCACGCUGACCCAACUCCCGCUCGUAUCUGCGCUGUGCUCCACGGAGCGAAGAUUCGAUGUGGUGAUGACUAACAGCUCAGCUCAUCACAGACCCAUCCCGCAUUCAGAUAUCGAGACCUCAGCUGCUGGGAAGAAGAGACUGUGUCCGACGUGA